GCGGGGCGGAGGUUUCCACGGCAACAGCAGCGGCGGCCGGGCCUGGCCGACAUUUUGUGGGCCGAGGUCUGUGCUGCGCCGGGGGGCGGGUUUGUGGGUGUUGGGGUGGGGGGUCCUGUGCAUAAAAAAUAUAUGUUAUCGUUAAGUUGUCGGUGAUGCUGAGCUAAAAAGGGGCCUCUUCGGUGGCUGGGGCAGCCUUGGUAUUGCAGCGUUUGAAUUUGGGUAGUUCAGGUGAUCGCUGUGCAUUUGAGCCAGAAUCAUGGGACUGUUUGACAAGCUAGCAGGAUGGCUUGGGCUGAAGAAAAAGGAAGUUCAUGUUUUGUGCCUUGGUUUGGACAAUAGUGGCAAAACAACGAUCAUAAAUAAACUUAAACCUUCAAAUGCUCAAACUCAAGACAUUGUUCCAACAAUAGGAUUCAGUAUAGAGAAAUUCAAGACAUCCAGUUUGUCUUUCACAGUGUUUGAUAUGUCGGGCCAAGGCAGAUACAGAAAUCUCUGGGAACAUUACUACAAAGAAGGCCAAGCCAUUAUUUUUGUCAUUGAUAGCAGUGACAAAUUAAGAAUGGUUGUGGCCAAAGAAGAACUUGACACCCUUCUGAAUCAUCCAGAUAUUAAGCACCGUCGACUGCCUAUUCUGUUCUUUGCUAACAAGAUGGACCUCAGGGAUGCGAUAUCAUCUGUGAAAGUAUCUCAGUUAUUGUCAUUAGAAAACAUCAAAGACAAACCCUGGCAUAUCUGUGCCAGUGAUGCUCUUAAAGGAGAAGGUUUACAGGAUGGUGUGGAUUGGCUCCAAGAUCAGAUCCAAGCAAUGAAGACAUGAGAGAUAAAUAAAAGAUGUAUGGUGUUCUCACUUACAAGCUUUGUUAGUAGGUGUACGAGAUCUUGGAAAGGAAGAAAGACUUGAAGAAUACAGACAGUUCAGCUAAAUAUUCUGUGUUGAUUUGUUUCCUUUUAGUAUCACUUCCAGGAAAAAUGCAUUAGAUUACAUAGUACCUCAGGUAUGCACAUCCAUAAAUUAAAUUGAAUCUCGUGACUGAAGAGCAUAUUUAAAACCAAAAAUGUGUAAAUAAUAAGCAUCUGCAUUCAUUUUAGUUAUAGGUGAUAAUUAGCCAUCAGGAAGUGCCCCUAUGUUUUUUGGGGGAAGACAACUUUUGAACAAGUGGUAAAAUUUAUAUUCCCAAGGAAGAAUGAUCAUCACUUCCUGAAAUAAAGCUGUAUGAAAUACUUAAAAUUGGGCACUUGCAAACAGUAGGUAUUUCUGGAUUUUUUUUACUGUAAAUUGUAACAUAGUUUUUUUAAUAACCAUCUGCAAUAGGCUACUAGAAGAAUAUUUUGAUUGAAGUUACAAGGAUUCAAAUAUUAAGUGCAGCUGUUACAAAUGAUUGCAGAUGUUUUUAAGGAACUGUUUGUAAUGAAAUGUUACAAACUGUUUUUGUGAUGUGCUAUGGUUAUAUUUCCAUUCCCAUCAAUAAAACUUUAAAUGUACAGCAUGUCACUUUUUUUUAACAUAAAUAUGUUCAUUGAUUGCCUUUACAUUAUAGGGGUUCUUGGUUUUCAGUUUCAUUUGGAAUUUUUGUCCAUUUCGUGAUGGGAAUAGCAUUCUAUACUGUAAUAAAAUGGUUCUCUCAAGAUUAUUUUUUUAAUUGCAUGUAUUUGUUAUACUUUCUGAUAAGCUAGACUGCGGUUCCAGGUAUUUGUAAAGCAUACAAUUGAAAAUUAUAUUUUGGAAACACAGUUAAGGGGCAGUUCACUAGUUACUAGAUCAUUAAUAUGAAAUAUGUAUUAUACUUCUGUUAUGUGUAAAAUGUUUUACUUUCAAGAAGGAUUUUUAAUAAACCUUCUAACUUCAAAGGUGCAGUCUAGGUAACAAAUUAAACCAAUGCUAAGCACUC